GUGGUUCUUCAAGGAGACCAACGGAUCUCGAAGUCAGCGACGAGUGUCCAUAAAUUCGUCGAAUUCUUGUUAGUCGUCGAACCGCUGCAGGAGACCAGACAAGAGGCCAAUACCGGGGCGACCGGACCACCAGUCCUACCAGAUGUCGGAACUUUUCAACUAUACAGUGAUUCCCUGGUGAAAUUGUCUGAUGAAUGUCCAAACGCUGUCACCCAUACAUCAUCCGUGUCCAAAGUGGAGAUUAGUGUUAUGUGGCACUCGCCCGCACCCGGCUCUGGAUGUGUUGUCUUCAAGGCAACAGUGGUGGAGCGGAAGGACAUGUGGUAUAUGGAUGAGGGCGGGCUCACUAAAGUGAUCUGCGAAGAGGAGUCCGAAAGCAAUGACGAACAGCCGGACAUCAUAGAGGAGUGCUGUGCCUGCGAUGAGGCCAAGUAUGAGGUGACGUUUGAGGGCUUGUGGUCUAAGUAUACCCACCCGAAGGACUUUCCGGCCAACUUCUGGUUGACUCACUUCUCGGACAUUAUCGGCGCCAGUCAUUCGGCGGACUUCCGAAUGUGGGAAUACGGGGGUUACGCCUCCGAAGGGGUCCGACAAGUGGCUGAGUUGGGAGUGACUAAGAAACUCGAGUCCGAACUCAAAGCUGAAUCCAAUAAAAUCAGGUCUUAUUAUUAA